CCGAGGGGUGCUUGGAGUGGACCAGGAGGUCCGGUGGGACUUGGUCUCCUUUAGAAUUUUUCCUCCCGCCGCAGCCCCCUGCUGCCGGGGCUGAGGGUGCUUUUGGCUCACUGCUGGGUGGGGUGAGCUAAGAAGAGGAUGCAGUUUCUGGGCUCUGAGACAAUCUGAGCUGAGGACCAUUUAUUCUCCUCUCCCUGCCUCUGUGGUUCAGCAAACUAGAGCUGCAAACUCGACCUGAACUUCAGCGGAACCCACCCUUUCCUUUUUUAUUUUAUUUUUCCCCUCUUUCUCAUAUUUUCAAAUUCCUCGUGGAGGUCCGAGGGCCAGAGUGAAAGAUCAGACGGACAAAAUCCCCCAUCAUCAUGCUGGGGAAGGACCAAGUAGGGAAGGGAGCACCCGAUGGGGCCGAGAAGCCCAGCUCCUCUGCGGGACAGCGCUGCCUCAGGACUUUGGCCCCUUGCUCUCUGCUGCCGGCCGUGGUGUCCGCGAUGUGUGUGAUUGCCUGCCUGUACCUGGGGGUGAAAACCAAUGACCUGCAGGCGAGGAUCUCGGCCAUCGAGGCAGCCAAAGGGGAACUUCCAUAUCAGCUCCUGCCGGCUUCCUUGGAUCGACUGGAAACAAUGAUGCAAGAGAAAAUGGAACGACUUUUGGCUCAGAAAUCCUAUGAGCAUUUGGCUAAAGUAAGAAUCGCCAGAGAAUCACCUCUAGAGUGUAACUGCCCAGCAGGACCUCCUGGGAAACGUGGUAAGAGGGGCAGAAGAGGAGAAUCUGGUCCUCCUGGUCAGCCAGGUCCACAGGGCCCUCCUGGUCCCAAAGGUGACAAGGGAGAUCAAGGGGAUCAGGGCCCUCGGGGUCCGCCAGGCUUCCCCACAGUUGCGGCUCUGCACAGUAAUCAGAUACUCACCGUCAAGGGUGACCAAGGUCAGGCUGGCCCUCCUGGACCCCCUGGCCCACCAGGACCCAGAGGGCCCCCUGGGGACACAGGAAAAGAUGGUCCCCAUGGCAUGCCAGGAGUACCUGGUGAACCGGGAAAGCCAGGAGAGCAAGGUUUAAUGGGACCUCAGGGGCCUCCAGGACAAAAGGGUUCUAUUGGAGCGUCUGGCACUCCAGGGAUGGAUGGGAAAAUGGGUGAACCUGGCUUGCCCGGAACAGCAGGACAGAAUGGAACACCUGGGCCUAAGGGCGAUCCUGGAGAGCGAGGAGAAAAGGGAGAUGCUGGAGACAGUGGACCCAAAGGUGACAUGGGUGAAAAGGGUGACCCUGGAUCUUCUGCUGCGGGAAUUAAGGGAGAACCUGGAGAAUCUGGCCGUCCAGGGCAAAAGGGUGAACCAGGGCUGCCUGGGCUGCCUGGACUUCCGGGGAUAAAGGGAGAGCCAGGUUUCAUUGGUCCACAGGGAGAACCAGGGUUGCCAGGGUUACCUGGAACAAAGGGUGAACGUGGAGAGGCUGGGUCACCUGGGAAAGGUGAGCGAGGUGAACCUGGAGCUCCUGGACUCAAGGGGAAACAAGGUGAAUCAGGAGCUAGAGGUCCCAAAGGGUCAAAGGGUGAUCAUGGAGACAAAGGUGACUCUGGAGUUCUGGGACCAAGGGGUCCUCCUGGGCAAAAGGGAGAUCCAGGAGCAACAGAAAUCAUAGACUACAAUGGCAAUAUUCAUGAGGCCUUGCAGAGGAUUACUACCUUAACUGUCACGGGACCCCCAGGACCUCCUGGACCACAAGGAUUGCAGGGACCAAAGGGUGAGCCAGGAUCUCCGGGAACACCAGGAGUUGAUGGUGAACAGGGUCCUAAAGGCUCAAAGGGAGACAUGGGGGAUUCAGGUCAGCCAGGUGAAAAGGGAGGAAUUGGACUUCCUGGAUUACCGGGUGCCAAUGGCAUGAAAGGAGAAAAAGGAGACUCUGGUUUACCGGGGCCACAGGGACCUUCUAUCAUUGGCCCACCAGGCCCACCAGGCCCCCACGGUCCACCAGGUCCAAUGGGACCCCAUGGACUUCCUGGGCCAAAGGGUGAACCAGGGUUAAAUGGUCUUAAAGGAUUGAAGGGUGAACCAGGUCAAAAGGGUGACAGAGGACCCCUUGGUCUUCCAGGAGCAUCUGGCUUAGACGGAAAGCCAGGAUCCCGGGGUACAGAUGGCCCUAUUGGACCCCAUGGACCUGCAGGUCCUAAAGGAGAAAGAGGUGAAAAGGGAGCUGUGGGAGAGCCUGGUCCCAGGGGACCUUAUGGUUUGCCUGGGAAGGAUGGAGAACCUGGUCUUGAUGGUUUUCCCGGUCCUCGAGGAGAGAAGGGUGAUUUAGGAGAGAAAGGAGAAAAGGGGGAAAAGGGAAAGAAAGGCAAAAAGGGGCCCAAAGGGGAGAAAGGAGAACAGGGUGCCCCUGGAUUAGAUGCACCUUGCCCAUUGGGGCCGGAUGGAUUACCGAUGCCUGGGUGUUGGCAAAAGUGAUGAAUCUAACCUUACAAGCAUGAAGUUGUGUAUAUAAUGCUCUACGUUUUGUAUUUAUAGUUGAAAAAUGAAAUAUAGAUUUUACAAGUCUGAGACAUGUUUACAUGUAGCUGCUUCUACCUGUUUGAAUUGGCCAUGUGUACAUCUUCUCUUCACUUACAUCCGAAGUUAGACAGUAUAGAAAACCAUGUGGAGAGAAACUUGAAAACUCACAGAUUGAGAGCUCUCUGGUAUGAUGACAUGUAGCCAUGUGGAAAUAGCAGAGAUAGAGUGUGAUUGUGCCUGCCAUGAUUUGCCCUUCCAUUGGACUCCCAUGGACAAUAAGUUCUAUGAACUAGUCGUUUACAUGAAAUUGUGACCAAAUAUGGACUAAAAGCUAUGAAAUGUAUGGUACUGACUGAUUGUAUGUAGAGCUGAAUGUCUUCUCAUCCACAUUGACCUCGGCCACCACCAUUGACCCACACCCCCCUUACCUGUUGAGAUAAACUAAAAAAGCAUGAAGUGUGUGCCCAACCUGCUUGCCCGAUGCUAACCUGAUGCUUGCUGAUACCUUUGAUCCCAGUCACUGAACAUUUUUGUUCCUUUUAUCGUUUUGUCAUUCCCAAGGGGGUCACACCAUGGCUUAUUGCCAAAAAGAGAUAAGUCCGUGGAGCAAGAACACGAAAAAGGUCUUGUAUUUUGAGGGAGCUGCAGUCCUGACUGCAGAGCGACAGCUUCCAGUUUUGUGGGGUCCCAUGGGCCACCUUGGGUAAAAACACAAGGUGCCAGGCCUGUUGCCCACCACCAGUUUUCCUUGUACCGCUCCUGGCAGUGAAGACGUGCAAGGCGGACAAGUUCAGCAUCACGCGCUGUCUCUUGUGUGACUGAGUAGGGAAGAGGUUUACAAAAGCAAACACCCAGAGGAGAAUAAAAAAGUUUUUAUCUUUAAAUAAAUUUUAAAAAAAGAAUUCCACAACUGAAAACAUGGGUGGUUUGGAAAGAUGACGGAGAUGUCCAGCAGUUCUUCUGAGGUAGGAGAUAUUUGAAACAACAGACCUUCUCUCUGAGGAAUGGGACAACUGGCGGUCACCAUGUUGCAUGAUAGGGUUGCUAAAGAAAGGACGGGCUUUGAUAAGGAGAAGUCAAAAUCACAUACUCUCCUACAGCGUAAAGUGGCCAAGUUCAUCUGGACAGUCCAUGCUGCAAUGUGAUUGGAUAGUGUAUUUUUUGAGAAACAAUCCAUGUUGAACCUUUUUUACAGGGUUUUGG